AUGAUCUAUUUACGCCGUGACAUUGAUGAAUGGCAACAGAUGAAACACCCCAUUGGUGUUCAAGGAAUUGAUGCUGAAGCACCCCUCAACAUAAUUCAGUUCAAAGCUAAAGAUGUAGCGAUCUGGCUUAAUGAGAAAAAAUUCAUUAUCCCCAAAAUCCUGUGUUUUCCAUACAUGCAUGGCGAUUUUAUUUUAGGAUGUAACUUUAUUUACAGUUAUCUUCCUUUACAAUUAAACGAAAAAUCAAUUUCGUUAACAUUAAAAGAUAAGACCGUUGUUGAAAUUCCUAUCCAGGAAAAUUUAGCUUCCGUCUGUAACGAAAAGUUCUCUCCACCUAAAAGAGAAUCUGAUGCCUUAGUGUUACAAGACACUCAUUGGCUCUAUAACUCUCUUCGACAAAACUUCUCUGAAAAUCCACUCACCCUGUGGAAACGAAGUCCUCGUUUUUGUCGCCUACAACUCAAAAACCGCAAUGUCGUAAUACGUGUUAAACCCAUGAUCUAUUUACGCCGUGACAUUGAUGAAUUUGAUGCCCAGCUCCAAGAGCUUCUUGAGAAAAAGCUCAUUGAGCGUACUAAAAGUCCACACAGCAGUCCCGCUUUUCUGGUUAGAAACCAUAGCGAGGUUAAACGCGGCAAAGCCCGAAUGGUUAUCAACUAUAAACGGCUUAAUGAACAUCUCGUUUUCGAUGGAUACUUUAUUCCUCGGAAAGACGUUCUUCUUAAUCAAACUAGAGGUUCAACAAUCUUUAGUAAAUUUGAUUGUAAAGCUGGUUUCUGGCAGAUUAAACUGCGCAAGAAAUCCAAACCCUUAACCGCGUUCAGCACACCUCAUGGCCAUUACCAGUGGACCGUUAUGCCCUUUGGCCUUAACACAGCACCACAGAUCUACCAACGAUGGAUGGAUUCUAUCUUUAAUGACCUUAAAGAUUUUGUUGUUGUGUAUAUUGAUGAUAUUUUAGUUUUCUCAAAAACCAGAGAAGAGCAUAACAAACAUCUCAUAUGUCUUUCAGAAAAACUGAAAAAAUAUGGCAUUAUUUUAUCACCAACAAAAAUCGAUGUUGAACAAGAAUCCAUUGAUUUUCUAGGAUUAGUUUUAACCCACAAAGGUAUAAAACUACAGGAUCACAUUAUUAUCAAGAUCCGUGAUUUCCCCGAUAUACUUCAAGAUAAAAAGCAGUUACAAAGCUUUUUAGGAAUCUUGAAUUAUGGUCGCUCCUUUAUUAAAGGUUUAGCCCAAAAGGAACUCCCUUUAUUAAAGAAGCUCCAAAAGAAUGCCCCUUUUGACUGGACUGAUAAUGACACAACCAUUAUCAAACAAAUUAAAGCAGAUCUGGUACAGAUCCCUGAAGUUUAUUUUCCCCAGAAUGGUGAUAAACUUAUUCUCGAAACAGAUGCCUCUGAGCUCUGUUGGGGAUGUGUUCUCAAGGCCAUCCCCCAAGAAAAAUGGAUUGAUGACACUCCAUCAUCUCCUAUGAUUAGAGCUCGCAAAGCUCCGAUCUCCAAGAAAGAUUGCAAAUGUUAUAUUUGUAAUGAAGCUGGUCACUAUGCCACAAAUUGCCCUCAAAAGGGUAAAAAGGCCUCUAAAAUGGUUAAGCGUCUACAAACCGAUAACCUUUGUGUUGCCUAUGGUAGCGACAUCACCGAUCCUUCUACCAUUUUAUAUGAACUCUCCAGUAGUAUGUACUCUAGCGACACCUCCAGUACAUCCCAACACUCUACCGAUGACGACUCAGAUAUUGAAAGUAUCUGUAUGAUGAAUGUUACUCCUUCUAACCCAGAAGAAAAUACCAACAUUAAACUUAGUGACAUCAUUGGAGAAGAAGUCCAGUUCACUAAUGAACAACUGAUUGAGUUCGAUAAACUUCAACGGAUCAAAAAAGAAGAAGUAUACAAAAGAUAA